UACCCAGAACUGUGAUACGUUGACUUCUUUUCCGGCAUUCUGAAUGAAAUGUGCAUGUGGAUGGAUCUUUAUUAUGUUGCUCUAAUCCUGCUUAUGUGUUAUGUACUUUCUACAGUGAAAAUGCUGGUAAAAGUGAGACUGGGUGAUGUCCAAAAAGUUGUUAGAAUAACGGAACCAAAUUUGUCGGACUUUUUGAAUGCAGCAUUUUCCAAAUUCGGUGUCCCAGCUAUAACAGAAGGUGUCAAAGUUGUUGACAGUUCAGGGACUGAGAUAGACGAUGAUGUUUUUGAGGAAAUUGUGAAGGAUCCAUCCACUGGGGUACUAACCAUCAAAUACGAAACAGAAUCUGUCUCCAUGGUAACCUCUCCAAAGUCCCAAUCAUCCGUUUGUUCAUCGGACUCAGACACAAUCAUCCUUGAAGACACUCCUACCAGAAAGCGUCAGAGGCCGGACUUUGAAGCUAUGCAACUGGUGAAAUCCAUUCUUACCAAGAAAUCGGGUGGAGAAUAUUUAAUAAAUGAAUACAACCGAACUAAGUCCUUGACAGAUGAGAGCAGAAGAAAAUUGGUGAAUAUACUGGCAGCUGUGAUGACGGAGAAGAAUGGACAGGUGAAGGAAAUGUAUGCACAAGGAAUUGUGAACUUGUUCCCCAACCUCAAAGACCCAUUUUUCAAGAAUGGCUAUGAACAUUUUUAUGAUAGCAACAGUGGUACUGGGUACUUGUCCUGGAGAAUUAAAACUAUUCAGAGAUGCAGUGCUAAAGAAAGGCGAUCAUCAUUUGGAGCUGACAAAGUGUUUUGA